AUGCCUGAGGGUCGUCGUCUAUCUUCAACAGAACAAUGCCAAACUCUAUCGCUUCGUCAAGCAGGCCAUAGCAGCAAGGCCAUCGCGGAACAACUCGGCCGAUCCAGACGCUGCAUCGACGGUUUCGUGAAGAAUCCUGCGGCAUACGGUCAAGCACACGGAGGAGGACGUCCACUGAAAUUGACACGAGCCGACCACAGACUGAUCGCUAGAUUGGCUUCUAAUUCAACCAUGAGUGCCAAUCAGAUUCGUGCACGACUUUCACUAAAUGUGUCGACUUCCACUGCAUUGCGAGCUAUUCGUCGUCAAAUAAUCUUGUGGUGGGAGAGGAUGAAGUCAGCUCCCCGUCUGAUUAGGAGCCAUCGCGAAGUCCGACUCGAGUUUGCAAGAAAAAUUUUCCAAGAAACUGGAGAAAGGGUGAUUUUUUCCGAUGGAAAGAAAUUCAAUCUGGAUGGUUCUGACGGGCAUGUUUAUUACUGGAGGGAUCUACGGAAGGAGCCUAGGAUUUUUGCGAAACGUGUAUUCGGCGAAGGAACUAUUAUGGUAGGGGCGGUCUUCUCUUCCUAUGGAACGCUGGAUAUGGAAUUCAUCUCCACGCACAUGAGUUCGCAAGAGUAUCAAGAUAUNCUUCAGCGCAGUUUGCUUCGUUACCUCCACGAUCAUCGGCGAAAAAGACUCGUUUUUCAACAGGAUAACGCUCCUGCACACGUCUGGCGUUCAACUUUGGGGUGGCUAGGGGAUCACCAUGCGGAUGUAUCGGACAGGCCUCCAUGCUCGCCGGACCUAAACCUCAUAGAGAAUCUCUGGGUAUCUUGGUGCGCAGGGUCUUUGCCGGAGGGGUCUAGUAUGAGAGUGUUCUUCGCAGAGAGCAGCCAUUCUAAGUGCAUGGAACUCAAUUCCAGAAAAUGUUAUUCAAAAUCUCGUUGA